UGAUGCACUCUCCCGGAUUCGAUGGGAGCGGCAGCCUCAGCUUGCAGAUGCUGAUGAACGCCGACAGCCUGUACACGGCCGCACACUGCGCCCUGCUGCUCAACCUGAAGCUCUCCCACGGCGACUACUACCGGAAGCGGCCCACCCUGGCACCGGGCAUGAUAAAGGAGUUCAUGAAGCAGGUGCAGACCAGCGGGGUGCUGAUGGUUUUCUCCCAGGCCUGGAUCGAGGAACUCUACCAUCAGGUGCUCGACAGGAACAUGCUCGGAGAAGCUGGCUACUGGGGCAGCCCAGAGGAUAACAGCCUUCCCCUCAUCACCAUGCUGACCGACAUUGAUGGCUUAGAGAGCAGUGCGAUUGGGGGCCAGCUGAUGGCUUCAGCUUCUACGGAGUCUCCUUUCACCCAGGGCAGGAGAAUUGAUGACUCCACAGUGGCAGGUGUGGCGUUUGCUCGCUAUAUUCUGGUGGGCUGCUGGAAGAACUUGAUCGAUACUUUGUCAACCCCCCUGACUGGCCGAAUGGCAGGAAGCUCCAAAGGGUUGGCCUUCAUUCUGGGAGCUGAAGGCGUCAAAGAGCAGAACCAAAAGGAACGUGAUGCCAUCUGCAUGAGCCUCGACGGGCUGCGGAAAGCAGCGCGGCUGAGCUGUGCUCUAGGAGUUGCAGCUAACUGCGCCUCGGCCCUUGCCCAGAUGGCAGCUGCUUCCUGUGUCCAGGAAGAAAAAGAGGAGAAGGAAGUCCAGGAGCCCAGUGAUGCCAUAGCACAAGUGAAACUCAAAGUGGAGCAGAAGCUGGAGCAGAUCGGGAAGCUACAGGGGGUCUGGCUGCACACAGCCCACGUCUUGUGCAUGGAUGCCAUCCUCAGCGUAGGCCUGGAGAUGGGGAGCCACAACCCGGACUGCUGGCCACACGUGUUCAGGGUCUGCGAGUACGUGGGCACGUUAGAACACACCCAUUUCAGCGCCGGCACCCCUCAGCCCCCUCUGACCAUCAGCCAACCCCAGAGGGCGCCAGGGGACUCUGGACUCCUUGGCGACCCAGAGCGUGAGGACUCGGCUGCAGAGCAGAACCUGGAGCCCGAGAGCUCCCUGAGCGCGGCCCCUGUCAUCCAGCCCCUCUCCAUCCAAGAGCUGGUCAGGGAAGGCAGCCGAGGCCGGGCCUCCGACUUCCGCGGGGGCGGCCUCAUGACAGGGAGCAGUGCCGCCAAGGCCGUGCUCACACUGUCCACCCAGGCCGACAGGCUCUUUGAAGAUGCUACGGAUAAGUUGAACCUCACAGCUUUGGGAGGGUUCCUUUAUCAGCUGAAGAAAGCAUCGCAGUCCCAGCUCUUCCAUUCUGUCACGGACACAGUCGAUUACUCUCUGGCAAUGCCAGGAGAAGUUAAAUCCACCCAAGACCGGAAAAGUGCCCUGCACCUGUUCCGCCUUGGGGAUGCCAUGCUGAGGAUCGUGCGGAGCAAAUCGCGCCCGCUGCUCCACGUGAUGCGCUGCUGGAGCCUGGUGGCCCCGCACCUGGUGGAGGCUGCCUGCCAUAAGGAAAGACAUGUGUCUCAGAAGGCUGUUUCCUUCAUCCACGACAUACUGACGGAGGUCCUCACCGACUGGAACGAGCCGCCCCAUUUUCACUUCAACGAAGCCCUCUUCCGGCCUUUUGAGCGCAUCAUGCAACUGGAGUUGUGCGACGAGGACGUCCAGGACCAGGUCGUCACAUCCAUCGGCGAGCUGGUUGAAGUGUGUUCCACCCAGAUCCAGUCAGGAUGGAGGUCCUUGUUCAGUGCCCUGGAAACGGUGCACAGUGGGAACAAGUCUGAAGUGAAGGAGUAUCUGGUCGGUGAUUACUCCAUGGGAAAAGGCCAAGCUCCAGUGUUUGAUGUAUUUGAAGCUUUUCUCAAUACCGACAACAUCCAGGUCUUCGCCAAUGCAGCCACGAGUUACAUCAUGUGCCUUAUGAAGUUUGUCAAAGGACUGGGUAAGUGGGGUCUUCUUUCCAUGCCUCGUGACAGCUGGGGGCCCCGUCCUGGAUGACUUUGUGUGGAAGGGCCCGGAGACAGGCCCAAGAACAAGCUUGGCAACAAGCAAGCAAGCAAGCCUGGGCGAGAUGCAGAUGGCAGUGUGCUGUCUACUCAGGAGCAGAAAGCUUACUGUGAAAGCAGCUUGGAUUCUGUCCAGGGUUGCUGUCAUUCAUCGUGUUCACGGGACACUCUUGUAGCACGUUUUCAAUCUAUGUGUUAUUUUGCGCCAACUUCUUUUUGAGUCUCAGAAUAUUCGGUACUGUAUUCAGUAACUGCCCCGAUGCGGGAACUACGAUCCUCGAUGUCCCAUAAUUGGCGGCCUCUGCCUGAGUUCCCAGCUCCUCCUAAAAAGAAAAAAAAAAAAAAAAAAAAUCAAGCACGCCUUCCCCUAGGCCUUGUUAAUCAUAAAAUUUCUCUGGAAUGUCAAAGUCCCCCUUCUCUGAGGCCUUGUGGGUGUCAGAGUCUACUAAGUUGAUUUUCUGCUUAAUUUAGCAAUACUUUAACAAAGUAGAGUCCUGCUAUACCACACGACCUGCUGUAGCAGGUUUCUAUAAAGCGCAAGCUACCUGGGAUGAGAGGGGAGGGCAGUUAGUUUCUGCCAGCAGUUCCUAAAACCAGAAAUUUUAGAAGGAACUUAAAUCUUAAAGUUUUGAGAACUUCGCCCUGGAGUGCUCUGAGACAUGGAGGCUAAGAACAAUUUAAAUAAGGGCAAUAUAAAGUUCAUAAUAUAUAUAUUUUUUUAAUUUUUGCUAAAUAAUUGACAAUUCCUUUGCAAAAGAAAACUGGACACAGAGAAACGAGGUGACUUCACUCACGCUCCCUUUUUUUUUAGGGACCAGGAACAAAAUGCAAGUUUCAGGAUAGCGCCUGAAGGCAACAAGUCUGAUCUGUAGACCAUUGUUGUUGUAGUCUAUUAUUUAUCAUAUAUGCUUUAUUCUAUUAUUAUGUACACCCUGGGAAACAGAGGACUGAGCGGAAGGGUAACCAUCGCAGCCGCUUGCUUCUUGAUGUUACAAAUUGGGCUUCUGUUCUCACGGAGUUGAGGUGUGCUCCCCUCCCAGCAUGUAGAUGUGCUCACGAACCCAGAAGAUCUCGGAACCCCAUGCUUUGGGGAUUUUUACGGAGGCUUCAUCACGUAGGCAUGAUAGAUCUUUAACUCUGUUUAGGAGUUAGGAAGGGGAUGUUCUAGUCAUGGCUUGAUCUUUCUGGUGACCAGUCCACACCCAGGAGCCCACCGGCUGUUGCCUCAAUCAGAACAAUAGAUAUUCCUACCAUCCAGGAAAUUCCAAGGCUGUAGGAGCUCUGUGUCAGGAAUUGGAGUCAAAGACCAAAUAUCAGAACAAAAGAUGCUUCUAGUACUCUUGUCGCUUGGGAAGUGACAAAGGUUUUAGGAGCGAUGUGCCAGGAACCGGGAGCAGAGACCAGUAUAUGUGUUUGCUAUUAUAUCACAGUCUUAUAUUUCAUUGAAGAGUCAUAAUGUC